AUGGCUACUUUAGUUAAAACUGCUGUUGUCAAAGUUCUAAGCCCGAACCAGGGUUGUAAGAUAGCAGCCUGCGCUUUUGUACAACACCGCGGUAUUUCUGGUAAAGUUCUAAGAGAAUCAUUACCACCACCUCCACGUAAACCAGCGCCCUUUGACUACGUAAAUAAAGACUAUUCUUAUUUUCGGAGCUUAAUUGACCGCACCACACACAGAUUCGAUGAUAACUCGAAAGUUGUCGUUGUCGAAGGUCCGGUGGCUGUCGGUAAGACCCAAUUUGCGGCAGCCCUAGCCGAAGAUUUAGGAAUGAAGCAUUUCCCCGAAGCUAACAUGGACAUUCACUACAUACGACCCAAUGGCUGCGACCUACGCAUGUUCGACGAACAAGUUCCUGAAGAUACCCGCACAUUUGAUCACAUUAACUUUAAUUUGACUCCUAAGCAUCGUCUAGCUGGCAACUUCCAGAUCAUGAUGUACAUAGCUAGAUUCAGUCAGUACAUUGAUGCUCUGACUCAUUUGUUAAAUACUGGUCAAGGUGUAGUGCUUGAGAGGUCUCCAUACUCUGACUUUGUAUUCCUAGAGGCUAUGUACUCUCAAAAGUAUAUUAGCCAAGGAGUCCGCAGUGUGUAUUAUCAGUUGCGAGGGAAUACCAUUGAAGAACUGAUGCGCCCACACUUAGUCAUCUAUCUGGAUAUGCCUCUUCAAAAGGUCCAGGACGCAAUUAAGGACAGAAAUUUAAAGCAUGAAGCUCCAAUGCGCGCACUUACUACACCAUUCUUGACGGAGAUGGAACGCCAGUAUAAGAACAAGUACCUGCGUGAUAUAGCUACUCAUGCUGAAUUGCUUGUGUAUGACUGGAGUGGUGGUGGUGAAGUGGAAGUAGUCGUUGAAGACAUUGAGCGUCUGAAUUUCGAUCAAUACACAGAGCGUGAAGAACCCAAGAUGAAAGACUGGAGACUGCCCCGCGAACUAGAAUGGGCCGACAAGCGCAUGCUUUAUACUAACCAGAAGCAUUUGCUCAUGAAUUUGUUUGCGAUUCCCAGACUUGACGUGCCAGAGCUUAUCACCAGCGCUGAUGAUGACUAUGAACGGAUGAAGAUCAUAGAUAAUCACCCUAAGUUCCGCUAUAUGGAUGGGUACAACGAAGGUGGAGUCAUCUUAAAGACCAAGAUGACCAAGUACACAGAAUAUCUGUAA